AUAAUAGGAAGUACCCGCCCAGGGUUCUAGCCUACGUCAUUGAAGGACAAAUAGAUAUAAACCGAGCUCAUUCGACCUUUCCGAACAGGCGGUCGUAGCGCAGCGGAGUCUCAAUCGUAAAACACUGAGAAACAGCGGUCGGCUAGCAGGCAGGACGUCACCAUGUACCCUACCGCUUUGACCCAGUUGGCCCGGGGCAAUCCGUUCAGCGCUCCCCUGUUCUCCCUCCAGAAAGUGGAAGAACCUCCACAGAGCCUAAAUGGCCAGAAGACCCGCAGACUGGUAGCAGCCGCUACUGCAGAAGAGGGAGACAGUAUUGAGUUUGGCUCUCAGAAGUAUUUCCUCCUGUGCGGUGUUGGUGGGAUUCUGAGCUGUGGUACCACACACACCGCUGUCGUUCCCCUUGAUCUGGUCAAGUGCAGAUUGCAGGUGGACCCAGAUAAGUACAAGAGUAUCGGCAAUGGCUUUGCACUGACAGUUAAGGAAGAUGGUGUCAGAGGACUGGCAAAGGGCUGGGCCCCCACCUUCAUCGGCUAUUCCAUGCAGGGACUGUGCAAGUUUGGUUUCUAUGAAGUGUUCAAGGUUUUCUACAGUGACUUACUGGGAGAGGAGAACACCUACCUGUGGAGGACAUCGCUGUACUUGGCUGCCUCUGCCAGCGCAGAGUUCUUUGCAGACAUUGCUCUGGCUCCCAUGGAGGCUGUUAAAGUUCGUAUCCAGACCAAGCCUGGCUACGCCAACAACCUUAGACAGUGUGUCCCCAAAAUGUUUGCAGAGGAGGGUGUUUGGGCGUAAGUGGACUGGCUUUUUACUAUUCUUAAGUAUUCCAUUUUUCUGACCAACCAAUUGGCUGAUGGGAUUGGUUACUUUGAUUUAUUGGUCAUUUUAUUUCUGGAAAACACGCUCCUUAGAUCCACCUCUGGAGGAUGCUGUUCUCUGAGCAGUGCUCCUCAGCAGCUUGCUGGCUGUACAGUUGGAGGUGCUUGAGUCAUUGGCGUGUGAGAACAGUCUACCUGUCCUUCAGCCCACCCGCAGCACUGGCAACCCUGUCCUCUACAGGCAGGGAGCUCCUGGUGCUGCAAGCCUGGGGGACAGACAUGUGAAUUAUGUGAAACUGCUGGUGCUGCUGGCUGCUUUCCUCUACAUCGGCACUUUUAUUUUUGCUCCGCACUAAUCUCGGCAACUCAUUGAGUGGCGUAAUAAUCGCGCGACACAACAAAUCAAUAAUGAAAUUUGUUGCCAACGCUUUUAAUAAUCAAAUUUUAAAGAUUUCGAUUCGUUGUGGCAGCCCUAGAUUUCUGUUUCACAAUAUUGUGAGGCGUCUUCAUUCUGUGGAUUAACAGAAAUGAGCCUGUUUUGAGUAAUGUCUGAUUUUUUUUUUUUUUUAACAGCAGGCAGUGUGAAUCAUGUGGUUGUUUCCCCUCAGGUGUGUGGAAGGGUCUGGUGGCCCGUAUCAUCAUGAUUGGUACUCUGACCGCCCUGCAGUGGUUCAUCUAUGACUCUGUCAAGGUCUACUUCCGCCUGCCCCGCCCUCCUCCCCCUGAGAUGCCAGAGUCCCUAAAGAAGAAGCUGGGCCUUACAGAGUAACCUCAUCCUUCCACUGAGCGGCUGACACUUCCCUGCUCCCCUCUAAACUUCCAGAGCUCACACAGCAGUUUUCUAUUUAUGUUGUCAGUGCCUGCUGCUCAGGGCUGCCGCUACUAUGUAUAUUUCGAUGAGUAUGACAGAAAAUAUUCCACUGUAGAAACACCAGUCUGGUUUUCAUUUCCUGUUCAAAUGUCCAAUAAAAUAUUUUAAUUCCCUGGAAGACGA